AAUGUCGGUUCUGUGCGUAUUUCUUGCUGUGACCACACUUCUUUUCUUCUUCGUAAAAAAUGAGUUCGAGAAACGUAGAAGAGACUGUGGAGGUUCAAUCCGAAGAAGAAGUGGGAGAAGAAGAAGAAGAUCAUGGUAAACAACAACAACAACAGGAUAAUGAUAUAAUAAUUGGAGAUGAAAAUAAUUGUAAUGAAUUAUUUUCUUGUUUAUAUUGCGAAUUCCAAACGGAAAUUCUUGAACAGUUGGACGAGCACUUUUUCAGCCAUGACGAAGCUCUGAGCGAAGAGAGUGCGAUUGAAACUGAAAUGGGCAUUGUACCUACAGAAGAGGAGCAAGAUUUGUCCCAGGAUAUAUCAGAGGUUAAUGCAUUAAGCUUCAGGUUUCUUGAAGAACAAGUAAAACCUGUGAAAUCAUAUAUCUUUGUAUGUCCAUACCGAGAAUGUGAAUAUGAAACCGAUAAAAGGAAAACUAUGAGCAGACAUUUCUUGAUACAUUGUGUAUCCCCGGAAGUUUUCUUGUACGCUUGUUCACAAUGCUUCUAUACCACCAGGAGAAGAAACGAUAUGCCCAAACAUUUACUUACCCACUGCAAAAAGUCUGAAGCACUUCUCUUCGGUUGUCCUGAAUGUUUGUAUACAACAAAACGGAAAGGUGAUCUUCGGGCCCAUCUGAUUUGCCAUUCAAAGUCUUUAGACGAUUUAGUUACCUGUCAUGUUUGUGGCUAUACUUGUCGCAGGAUAUCGGAUCUGAGGAAGCACAUGAUUGUUCACAAAUCGGAGGAGGAUCGCGAAAGAGCGGCGUUUAAUUGUACCAAAUGUGGAUACAGUUCAAAAAGAUUAAACGACCUCAAUAAACACGUCAUUUUACACAGCGACCGUAACGUUAAAGGGGUCUUAAAAUGCCUAAACUGUCCAUAUAUGACCACCGACAACUCGAUUUUCGCCAAACACAUUUUAAAUUUAUGCAAUUACGUGGAAAAUGGAGGUGCUAUCCUGGACAAUGCCGAUCAGCAAUACGUCGUGUUGGACGAAGAUAACUUCGCUUUGUUCAAUAGUGCGUAUAACGAAGCGGAGUCAGAUACAGUUGUUCUGAACCAAAAAUCCUCCCAAACAACAACGAGAAUUAAAUCCCAUUUAAAAAGGACGAGGGAAGAACAAGAGAGUGAACCUUCCGAAGCGGGUAAAGUUUUAGUUCUGACAAGGUUUAGUGAAGGACAGGAGAAUGUUAUUGUUUAGUUGAGCGGAAUGUAUGUAAAGUUUUAUUAGAAAUUAAAUUUUGUUGAUCCAUUAAA